AUGUUCACUCAUGGUAGUGAUGAUAAGUCUAUCCGUCUAUGGGAUGUCAAAACAGGAUAAUAAAAAGCCAAAUUAGAUGGUCAUACUAGUACUGUCUACUCAGUCUGUUUCUCUCCUGAUGGAAAUACAUUAGCUUCUGGUAGUGAUGAUAAGUCUAUCCGUCUAUGGGAUGUCAAAACAGGAUAAUAAAAAGCCAAAUUAGAUGGUCAUACUAGUACUGUCUACUCAGUCUGUUUCUCUCCUGAUGGAAAUACAUUAGCUUCUGGUAGUGAUGAUAAGUCUAUCCGUCUAUGGGAUGUCAAAACAGGAUAAUAAAAAGCCAAAUUAGAUGGUCAUACUAGUACUGUCUACUCAGUCUGUUUCUCUCCUGAUGGAAAUACAUUAGCUUCUGGUAGUGAUGAUAAGUCUAUCCGUCUAUGGGAUGUCAAAACAGGAUAAUAAAAAGCCAAAUUAGAUGGUCAUACUAGUACUGUCUACUCAGUCUGUUUCUCUCCUGAUGGAAAUACAUUAGCUUCUGGUAGUGAUGAUAAGUCUAUCCGUCUAUGGGAUGUCAAAACAGGAUAAUAAAAAGCCAAAUUAGAUGGUCAUACUAGUACUGUCAACUCAGUCUGUUUCUCUCCUGAUGGAAAUACAUUAGCUUCUGGUAGUGAUGAUAAGUCUAUCCGUCUAUGGGAUGUCAAAACAGGAUAAUAAACAGCCAAAUUAGAUGGUCAUACUUAAUAUGUCAACUCAGUCUGUUUCUCUCCUGAUGGAAAUACAUUAGCUUCUGGUAGUGAUGAUAAGUCUAUCCGUCUAUGGGAUGUCAAAACAGGAUAAUAAAAAGCCAAAUUAGAUGGUCAUUCAUUUGGUGUCAAGUCAGUCUGUUUCUCUCCUGAUGGAAAUACAUUAGCUUCUGGUAGUAGAGAUGAGUAUAUCCGUCUAUGGGAUGUUAAAACAGGAUAAUAAAAAGCCAAAUUAGAUGGUCAUUAAUAUUCAGUCAACUCAGUCUGUUUCUCUCCUGAUGGAAAUACAUUAGCUUCUGGUAGUAAUGAUAACUCUAUCCGUCUAUGGGAUGUAAAGACAGGAUAAGAAAUUAAAUCCUCUGAUAAAAACUACAAAGAUAUUCUUGCAUAAUUAAAAAUUCCGCUCUAAUAAAAUAGUGCAAUAUAAGAAGGUAAUAUUAAUUUUUUUUUUAUAUUUUAGCAUCAAAUUACAUCACUACACUCCUAAUUUCUUAAUCCGCUAUAUUCUAAGCAAAAGGAGCAAUUGUUCUCAAAGGAGAAUUCAUUAAUCAUCAAGGCACUGAUUUGAGACCUUUAUUGAAAUCCAAAGGUAGUUGCUUUUUGGAAGAUCUUAAGUAAAAGUGAUAAUUAUUA